AUUCCACUUGCAUCCAUCUCGACAUGUCUGGUACAACUACUUCGUGGCGCACGACUGCACUCGCUCUGCUCGUACUCGUUCCGUUCGUGUCUGGCGCCACCGUCGAUGGCAACUCGACGUUUGACAACCAAGUCAACAAAAUCCUCCGCUGGGACGGCACCCGCGAAAGCUUGGGGGUUGGUCCCGACGUCAUUGCCGGCAUUGCCAUCGCCGCGGGGUUCACCGCCGUUUUCUUGGGCUACCGUCUCAUUCGCCCGGCCAUCUUCCUCGCGGGGUUUGCCAUCGGGUCGGUCUUCUGCUUUGUUGUGUCCGAGCGCGUCUUCCGCGACAAGGCGUAUGUGGACGCGGCGUCCUGGGUCGCGUUUGUCGUCGGAGGUCUCAUCGUUGGCUCGUUGGUCGUGUGGCUGUACAAAGUCGGCAUCUUCCUUGUCGGGGCCUUUGCCGGCCUGCUGCUCGCGACGCAGAUCCACACCUCCUUCGGACACUCGUUCAACCCGUCGGACCCGCAUGUCGCUCUCAUUGUGCUCUUGGUCGUGUGCGGCCUUGCUUGCGGCGCCGUGGCGGUCAUGAUUGAGCGUCCUUCGCUGAUCGUCGCGACGGCGUGGGCGGGAGCCGUGACGGGUGUGUGGGGAAUUGGCUACUUUGCCGGCAACUACCCGAACGCUGCCCGCUUGAAGCAGCACGCAGACGCCAAGGGUGCGUGGCAUGUGGACGUCCCAGUAGAGUGGUGGGGUUACUUGGCUGGUUCGGUGGUGCUGGCGUUUGUCGGCAUGUUCGUGCAGUUUCGCGACCAGCGAUCUCGGCAAGAGCAACCCGUCGCCUACGUUAUCGCGUCCACACCGACCCAUGGAAACCCGAUUCGCCAUGUCUAGGCCGCCUCAACACAA